UGACAAACGGGAGACAUUGCUAGUGAUCCCACGACAUUAGAGAUCCAAACGCGUCUAAAUUUGAAAAUGUAAAUAUUUACCAUUACAAUUCUUUGCAACUGUCAUCUAUCAUCUACAUCCAUCAUCAAAAUGUAUAUUAAGAAGAUCAUCAUACAGGGGUUCAAGACGUAUAAGAACCAAACAGUGAUAGACCUUGUAUCUCCACAUCACAAUGUGGUGGUGGGUCGUAAUGGGUCAGGGAAGUCAAACUUUUUUGCUGCCAUUCGAUUUGUAUUAUCGGAUGCGUAUACUCAUAUGACAAGAGAAGAAAGACAAGGGUUGAUUCAUGAAGGUUCUGGAACUGUCAUGAGUGCGUAUGUGGAGAUCAGUUUUGAUAAUCUGGAUGGAAGGAUUCCUAUUAAUAAACCAGAGAUUUCAAUUAGAAGAACUAUUGGGUUAAAGAAAGAUGAUUAUUCAUUAGAUGGGAAAUCAUCCACUAGAUCUGAUAUCAUGAAUUUAUUAGAAAGUGCUGGUUUUUCAAGAUCAAAUCCUUAUUAUAUUGUCCCUCAGGGUAAAAUCACAUCAUUAACCAAUUCAAAGAAUUCAGAACGGUUAACAUUAUUAAAGGAAGUUAGUGGAGCAACUAUAUUUGAAAAUAAACUUAAAGAAUCGAUCAAAGAAAUGAAUAAUUCCAACUAUAAGAAACAAAGAAUCGAUGAAACAUUAUUAUCGAUCGAUGAAAGAUUAUCUGAUUUACAAAUUGAAUCGAAAGAUCUUAAGAAAUUUCAACAAUUAGAGAAAUCAAAAAAGAUUUUAGAGUAUAAUUUAUUUGAUAGAGAAUAUAACGAAUUGAAUGAAUCAAUUGAAGAGAUUGAAGAGAGUUAUAAUGAAAUGUUACAACAAUCUUCUCUGGAUUUACAAGAUUUAGAGAAACGAGAAAAAUUAUGUCAACAAUUACAAUCAACUAUCAAUGAAUUAAAGAUUUCUUUAAAGAUAUCUAAAUUAGAAAAAGAUCAAUUAAAUUUGGAUUAUAAUCAAUUAUUUAAAUUGGUAUCUACUAAAGAAAUCAAAUUACAUGAAUUAACCAAUUCAAAUCAAAAUUCAGCUGAGAAAUUAAACCUGAUUAAACAACAAAUUGAAGAAUAUAAAACCUUAAAGUCAGAUAAUGAAGCUAAAAUCUUAAAUUUGAGGCCCAAAUUAAUUGAAUUCCAAACUACUGAAUCAAAAUUGAAAGAAUCAUUACUUGAAUUAAAAUCAAAGCAAAGAUCAUUAUACUCCAAACAACAAAGAUUUCUGAAAUUUCAAACUAAAGAUGAACGUGACUCGAUCUUAAAUCAAGAAAUCAGUUCGAUAAAGAAACAAUUGAUUUUAAAGGAUAAUGAAUUAAAUCAAUUAAAUUCAAAAAUUAAAAUUUCAGAAAAUAAUCUUGAUGAAUUGAUUGAAAAGAUAUCUUCUUUGAAUUCAAGUUUAAAUGACGAAAAGUAUAAUUCAUCCCUUUCAACUUUGAAAAACUCCAUCAAUGAUUUGAAAUUAAAUUUAAAUCGAUUAAAUGAUAAUCGUAAGACGUUGUGGAGAGAUGAAAUCAGAUUCAAGAGUAUUUAUGAUUCACUUAAUAAUGAUUUGGUCAAUGCGAACAAUUUAGUUAAUCAAACCAUGGAUAGAUCACAAGCCCAAGGUUUACAGGCUAUAAGGCAUAUCGCUUCGAAAUUGAACUUGUCAGAUAAAGUGUAUGGUCCAUUAUGUGAUUUAUUUGAAGUUAAUGAUAAAUAUAAAACUGCCGCUGAAGUUAUUGCUGGUAAUUCAUUGUUUCACAUUGUGGUAGAUACUGAUCAAACGGCAUCUUUAAUAAUGGAAGAAUUGAUUAGAUCGAAAUCAGGUAGAGUUACUUUCAUGCCAUUAAAUCGAUUAAAUGAUCUUUCACUUGAUAAUACUCAAUAUCCUGAUAGUAAUCAAUAUCAAUGUAUUCCAUUAAUUAAAAAGAUUAAAUUUGAUAAUCCAAAAGUUGCAAAAGCCAUAAAUCAAGUGUUUAGUAAAGCUAUUGUCGUAGCUGAUUUAUCCACCGGUAGUGAAUUAGCUCGUAAUUUCAGAUUAUCCGCCAUAACAUUAGAUGGUGAUAGAGUUGAUAAUCGAGGUGCAUUGACUGGGGGUUACAGAGAUUAUAAAAGAUCAAGACUUGAUGCGUUAAAGAUUCAAACCAAGAAGAAAGCUGAAUUAAGCAAAGUUGAAGUAGAUUUGAAUAAUUGCACAAAGGAAAUUGAAACUUUAAAUCAAUCAAUCACUACUAUGAAUAAUGAAUUACAAUUAAAUGUUCGAGAUUUAGAUAAAUUACAAUCCCAACAAGAACCUAUUAAAAUCGAAUUAACUAGAUUGAAUGAUAAAAAAUUCAAUAUACAACAUGAAUUAAAGGAUUAUAAGUCUCAUUUGAACAAUUUGAAAUCAUUAAAGAAUUCAUUAUUAAUCAAUUUAAAACAAAAUGAGAAUGAAUUAAAUUCUAAAUUUUCUCAAGUUUUAACGGAUGAUGAGACUAAACAAUUGAAUGAAUUGAAUAUUAUCAUAAAUAAUAAAGAAACUGAAUUGGAUAAUUUAGUUACCAAGCAAUUAUCCGACUUAGAAACGAAGAUUUCUAAAUUUGAAUCCGAAUUGAAUAAUAAUAUAAAUCCAAAUUUGAAAGAUUUAAAUAUUGAAUUGAAUAAAUUUGAACUUAAUUCUGACGUCAAUUUUGAAAUUAAAGAAUUAGAGCAAGAAUUAACGAAUUUGAAUGAAGAAUUGAGUGCCAUCACUGUGAAACAACAAUCAUCAUUAAAAGAAUUUAAAAAGAUCACUGAUGAGAUUAGUAAGAGUGAAACUUCAUUAAAGAAAUCAAAUGAUCAACAAUUGAGUUUAUUAAAGAAAUUAGAGAAAUUCUCAAAGACUAGUGAAAAAACUUUAAAUAAAAAAUCGAUAUUGAUUAAUAGACGAGAUGAAAUUCAAAAGAAAAUCAGAGAUUUAGGAGUAUUACCUGAAGAAGCAUUCCAAUCGAAUGAGAAUAAUAGUGAUGAAUUAUUAAAACAAUUGAAUAAAGUUCAUGAAGAAUUAUUGAAGUAUAGUCAUAUUAAUAAGAAAGCUAUGGAACAAUUCAAUACCUUUAAUAAACAACGAGAUGAAUUAGUUCUGAGAAGAGAAGAAUUAGAAACUUCGAGAUCUUCAAUUGAGAAUUUGAUUAAGAAUUUAGAAAACCAAAAGGAAGAAGCGAUCAAAAAGAGUUUUAAACAAGUUGCGAAAAGUUUUAAUGAGAUUUUUGAAGCUCUUGUACCGGUUGGAGUUGGUAAUUUAAUCAUGCAAAAGAGAAAUGUUAAUAAUGAUGAUAAUGAAAAUACAGAACAAGUCAGUCAAGAAGAUGGGGAAGUAAGAGAAAACGACAAUGAUGAAUCAGAUCAACAAUCAAUUGAUAAUUAUGUGGGUGUUGCUAUUUCAGUAUCAUUUAACUCUAAACACGAUGAACAACAAAGAAUUGAACAAUUAUCAGGAGGUCAAAAAUCACUAUGUGCGAUUGCAUUAAUUUUAGCUAUUCAAAAGUGUGAUCCAGCUCCAUUUUAUUUAUUUGAUGAAAUCGAUGCUAAUUUGGAUACACAAUAUCGUACAUCUGUUGCAACCAUGAUCAAAACAUUAAGUUCAAGUGCUCAAUUUAUAUGUACUACCUUUAGACCAGAAAUGUUACAAGUGGCUGAUAAAUUCUUUGGAGUGAUGUAUAGUAAUAAGGUUAGUACAGUGAGUGAGAUUAAUAAGGAUGAAGCUAUGAGUUUUGUUGAAAGUCAACAACAGACGUAAGUAAGUUUUGUAUAAUAAUAGAAAUAUAGCUGCAAAUAUGAAAACAGUUGUUGUUGUAGUUAUGUUCUUAAUCCUUCCUAAUUAGGAAAUAUUCCGCACGUGACCGUUCCAGGUUAAACUUUUCUUUUCUUUUGAGAAUCUCAGCCCUGUAUUUAAGCCAGAAAUGAUUAAAAUCGAAAUUGAAAGAAAAAGAAAUAAACAACGGGAAACGUAUAACUUUCUUCUUCUACUUCAUCUUACUAUUUUCAUUCUAGUUUUUAGUAAAACCCCAAUUAGCUUAUAUUCAAAGAUGGUAUGUAUAUGUGAUCAAAUGAAAGGGGUCAAUUCCUUGUCGUUGUCGAAAUUUGAAACGAAAAAGAACUGAAGGAAUGAGAGUGUCACAAUAAGUCAUGGUGCAGCAAAUAAAUCUCC